AUGAAGAAGAAAGACAUGGAGAUGAAAAGAAAGGAGCAGAGACGAAUAAAGGAAGAACAGAAGAGGAAGGAGGAAGGAGAGGAGAGAGGAAAGAAACAAGAGACGGAGGCGAAUAGAAAGAGAGAAAAAGAAUUAGAAGAAGGGGAGAGUAGCGAAGAGAAUAAGAAAAGGGCGAAGAAAAGUUUAGAGAAGAAGGGGGGAGGAGGAGACGGAAGAAGUAAAGGAAAGGGAGAAGAGAGUAUGCAGAGAAUGGAGAGAGGAGGAGAGAGAGAAACAAAGAAGGACAAGGAUAAAGAGAGGGAGAGGACAGAAGCGUAG